CCACCGCAGCCGCCGCCAUCGUGCCAGCCCCUCGGGUCUGAACAAGGCCAGGUGACGCUCCAGAAUGGGAGACAAGCCAAUUUGGGAGCAGAUUGGAUCCAGCUUCAUUCAACAUUACUACCAGUUAUUUGAUAAUGACAGAACACAACUAGGCGCAAUUUACAUUGAUGCGUCAUGCCUUACGUGGGAAGGACAGCAGUUCCAAGGGAAAGCUGCCAUUGUGGAGAAGUUGUCUAGCCUUCCCUUCCAGAAAAUCCAGCACAGCACCACGGCUCAGGACCAUCAGCCCACGCCAGACAGCUGCAUCAUCAGCAUGGCUGUGGGCCAGCUCAAGGCUGAUGAAGACCCUAUCAUGGGAUUCCACCAGGUGUUCCUAUUAAAGAACAUCAAGGAUGCUUGGGUUUGCACCAAUGAUAUGUUCAGGCUUGCCCUGCACAACUUCGGCUGACCUCCUCCCAGCCAGGCACUCAACGCUGUUUCCUCCUCCCUCC